UUACUAGAUGCUUUUCCUCAACACAGACAUUACAGCCUGCCCUGAAUACAGUAUGUCCCAACAGGUCCAACCAGUCAGAAAUGUUUAUAUUUAAUAAAAUAUCCCAAUUUGGAUGAAAGACUAAAAACUGAUUAAAAGACUGCUAAUAUAUAUAUAUAUAUAUAUAUGUUAACACUGAAUGAUGUGUAACUUUAUUUUUAGAGCAUCAUACUAACUAAUCCUGUCAUUGUGUAUCAUGGAGAUUGUACUAUUAGCAGCUUUGCUGUAAUUCACAACCUACUGACAUUGUUGACAAUUUGCAGAAAACAUAAAAGCAAGCACCUCCGACUCCGCACGCACUUCCUCCACCAUGAAUACAACCUCACCCCCACUCACACCCAGCACAGCAACAGAGACAUCCCCCAAGUGCAACUACACCCUUGAAGAAGAAAACGAUACUGUGACAGUGAAAAUUGACAAGAAUGACUCAGCAGUCAAAUACAAGAUUAAAUUCACAGCCACAUCAGAUGGAAGCAGUAUAAAAACAUGGCCAGAAGAGUCUUACCCAAUAUCACUUAAAUCAUUUAAGCCUUGCCAAAAUUACAAUGUCACUCUUACUCCUUCCUGUAACCCCACGACUGGAUUUUUUAAAACAAGAGAAUUAGUUGACUCAGAUGUAAACCACACGUUGAAGAUAACUGGGGCAAAAGUACAAGUGUGUUUUGAGACCAAAUGGAAUUUGAGUGAAUGUAUUGAUCUCGAUACCAGUAACUCCUGCACUGGCUAUAUCGUGACUUUUAAAGGAGAUCCCUGCAAGAAAUCUAUCCCUUUCACACUUCCCCCAGUAAAGCCUGUUAUUAGUUAUACAAACAAGUUCCCUACGAAAUUACGUUGGGACAAUCAGCCUUCAAACUGCCUAAAAGACCUCACAUACAACUGCAAUGGUUUGGCAGUUGCAGAUUUUAAAGUUUUGAAACCUUUUCUUGAUUAUGAAUGCACUGGGACAUAUGAUUAUGAGAAUGGAACAAUUACAAGUGAUCCCGUCCCAGUUAAGAUUGAUUGUGAUAUAGUGAAUGAGCCCAGUCUCUCUGUAAGUCAUAAUAGCAUUCAUGCAUCCUGGCAAUUGGAUAGCAAGAAGUGUCCAUCGAUUACCACAGACUUCACCUGGGAUGUAACGUGCAAAGAACAUGGUUCCACCAGAUAUUUAAAAGGGCACUGUACCAAGAACUCCUGUGAAUUUUCUAAUUUGAAAAGUUUUACUGAAUAUACUUGUGAGUUUGUAGCGGCUUAUGAAAACAAACCAUUUCACACCACUACCAAAACUACAAAAACCUGGCCUGGACCUGCUUCGGAUGACAAAACUGGACCAGUCCAGUUUUGCAUGCCAUCCUCUUCAACACACCAAAGGACAUCAUCGUGGACAAAGAACUGAAAUUUGAUUGUGGCAUCCAGGCAAAGUCAGCAACAUGGCAGCAGGUACCUCUGCAUGUUUCUGAUUUGAGGUUACUGUCCUCAACAACCUGUGCAGUAUUUACAUUUACAUUUUAUGUUAUAGUUUGUUGUUCUGCUCAUCCCUGAUGUUUUAUUUUUUUUGUUUUUGUAAAUAUAAUGGUCAUGCUUUAAAACUAAUCAGUGACUAUGAUGUCUUCUUCAUUGAUUUUUACGUCCCUAAACACAUCAUUAGUUCAUAUCAAAGUAAUCAAUAACCCAGGUAUUACGACAUGAUUAUCCAUGUACUUUUGUACAUGAAUUACCCCAAUACUCAAACUCUGGUGAUAUGAGAUGCAGGGUUUGAGCCAAAUACCAAUUGAGGAUGAUUUUAUUGUCCUUGUAUCAAAAUUAAGGUUUGAACUGACCCAUAUUAGGAGCAGUUACAAAGCACUUUGAGGUCAUAGCAAGACUUCACAGAGUGGCAGAUGAUUCUUCUACUCUGUGGCAGAGUCACAUAAGGUCUUACAAAAAAGGUGAGACUUUCUUGCAUGUUUUGCACAAAUGCAAAAUGCUAUUAAGUAUGAGUUUAAAAAAUGUAAUCUGCUUCAACAUUAUUCAGAUGACUGUGUUAAGACUAUCAACCCUAAACUCUCCAACUUUGAAAAUGAUACAUCAACUUGUUCCAAUUUCCCCUCUGCCAACACUGUUUUCAAAUUUAGUAACAUAGCAGCAGGGAAAGUUCCAAAGUCCAUUGCUCAGUUUGACCAAGGUGUAAAGGCUCAUUAGUAUCUGUAUAGGUUGAAUGCAGGCCCAUAGGUCACUUGUGUAUGUCAUCCUCCAAAACUGUUGCUUCUUAAUUCAGUCCAGUUUUUUUUUCAGUGUUUAACCAUGAAAUCGUAUCCAUCUUUCUGUUUCUGCAUGCUUCUGCUUCUUACUGGCCUCACCAACCCGUGCAGUAUUUACAUUGUUAUAGUUUGUUGUUCUGCGCAUUCCUGGUCCUUUUUAUUUUUUGUAAAUAAAAUGAUCAUGCUUUAAAACUCA